AUGAAUCCAGAUCCUGAGGUCACGGAGGUCGAUCCCCCCCGGGAGUCUCCUGGGAAUGUGGAACCGGCGCAGAGCCCAGACCAUCAGGUCCAGGACCCCGAGCCGGAUACGGUGCCGGCUUGGGCCCCGAGUGGGAAGCGUCUGAUCUCCGGUCUGCUGGGCCUGAACCUGGUGCUGCUGGGAGCGGCGCUGGUGGCCGGUGGGGCCUUCAACCCCGACGGCCUGAAGCACGAGGAGCCGCAGGUGUUCAUGCUGCUGCUGAUGGGGGUCAGCUUGAUCUGGAUGCUGUGGUACCUGCUGUGGGCCAGGAAGCAGCCCGGCAUCAGCCCGCAUAAAGACCACCACGCAGGGGGAGUCCCCGUCACCGUGGUCCUCAUGCUGUUCGCUGCCUUCAGCCUGCUGCUGUGCUUCUUCAGGGCCGGGUACUUCCUCAGCGUGAGGGCGUGCAAACCGGCGGCCAAGGUGCUCUCGCCGUUCAUCGAGGCGCCUUUCCUGGCGCUGCAGGCGUAUUUACUGUGGGCUCACUCCAAAGACUGCAUCCACAGACACAAGGUCAUCACCCGGUCCGGUUUGAUGCUGAUCCUCUCGGCAGACCUCCUGCUGUGGCUCAACUCGGUGACCGAGGACACGAUCCACGAGGAGCUGGAGCUGGAGAGAGAAGACAGGCUCGACAACAACAACAACAACUUCUCUGAGGGGAAGGGGCACUGGGACGGAGCAGGGGUCAUGAACUCGACCCUGUGCCAGUGCACCGCGAGCGCCGCCUGCCUCAUCUUCAGGAAGGGCUUCGAGGUGCUCUACCCCUUCAACAUGGAGUUCUACCUGAUGGCCGGCUGCAUGGUCUACGUGAUGUGGAAGAACGUGGGCCGCGGGACGAGUCCGGACCACCGGCCCCACGUCAACGAGAAGCUCACCCUGCGGGCGAUGUACCGGGACGGCGUCCUCUACGGCCUCGCGGCCGGCGCCCUGGUGCUGGCGGCGGGGGUGACCGUCUUCAUCCUCUACCAGGUGUGGGUGAGCCGGCGGCUGCUCCGGCACACCGCCUUCCUCAUCUUCUACGGCUACCACCUGGCCGUCAUGCCCGCCAUGUCCCUGUGCUGCCUGGCGGGGAUGCUGGUGCACCGGCUGGAGAGGAGGGAGAACGAGGCCGGGCGCAACCCGACCCGCAGCCUGGACGUGACGCUGCUGGUGGGGGCGGCGCUGGGCCAGCUCGCCCUGUCCUACUUCUCGCUGGUGGCGGCCAUGGCGGUGGGCACCGGCGGAACCCUGGGGGACCUGGACCUGUCCUACUCCCUCCUCAGCCUCCUGGAGCUCAUCCUCCAGAACAUCUUCAUCAUCGAGGGCCUCCACCGGCACCCGAGCCUGCUCGCCAAGAGGAAGGAGCGGCGGCGGAGCAACGUAUUCAAGCUCAAGAAGAAGAAGACGGCGGCGCCGACGCCAGAAGAGAAGAAGACGAACGCGUCGCUGCUGGACGGGAACGCGCCAGCUGCCGCCAAAGAGCAUGAUGGGAAAAAACCCUGGACCAAAAGGGCGAUACAAGAAAUCUGUGCUUUCCUCAUCCUGUCUAAUGUUAUGCUGUGGGUCAUCCCCGCCUUCGGGGUCCACCCUCAGUUCGAGAACGGCCUCGGGAAACAGUUCUUCGGCUUCUCGGCUUGGUUCGUUCUGGUGAACUUGGGUCAGCCGCUCAGCGUCUUCUACAGGAUGCACUCUGUGGGCGCCCUGGUGGAGCUGCUCAUCGCCGCCUGA